UUAUAUAUAUGUUGUGAUAAAGAAGAAAUCUAGGAUUGAGAUUUGUGGUUUGUGGGUUCCUCCAUUACCACAUUCAAUUAUCAAUCUCCAUUUCAAAACUCUCGCCCUCGAUCGCAGGAGUAGAACAAGUUCAUCACUGAUCGCAACCCUUUAUCCAACAAUUUAUCAAUAUGCCGGCUACAGCAGGAAGGGUUCGCAUGCCCGCGAACAACAGGGUGCACAGUAGUGCUGCCCUCCAGACCCACGGAAUAUGGCAGAGUGCAAUUGGGUAUGAUCCCUAUGCUCCCAACAAGGAGGAGGAUAAGAGCUCUACACAGCCCAAGUCAGCCAACUCCGAGCCGGAGGGUGAGAAUCCGUAUGCCAACUUUCAAGGUCUUCUUGCCCUUGCUCGCAUUACCGGGUCGAACACUGAUGUUGCUCGUGGUGCCUGCAAGAGAUGUGGCCGUGUUGGGCAUCUAAAGUUUCAAUGUAGGAACUUUUUGAUCAAGGAGAAAGACCCAGCAGCCAUUCAGGCUGAUGUUAUGUCUGAGUUGGAUAAGUUGAAGGGGAAGGCUGGUAAGGUGAAAGGACAAGGCGGUGCUGAGAGUGAGGAUAGUGAGGAUGAGGAUGAGGAAAAUGAAAGUGAGGAAUCAGACUCUGAUCGUGAUUCGGAGAUUGAGAGGAUUAUUGCUCAGAGGACUGGGAAAAGGGUUGCUAAGAAAGAUAGGUCACUAAAGAAGAAAAUUUUGGAUGAUGAUGAAGAUAGCUCAGAUUCAGAUUCUGGUAAAAGAAGAAAGAGAGGAAGGUUGAAGAAGAAGAGGAGUGGGAAGAGGGAAAGUGAUGACUCAGAUAGUUCGGAUGAUGGUAGGAGGAAGAGAAAGAAGGAGAAGAGGGUAAAGAAAGAUGACUCUUCAGAUGAGGAAGGCGAGCAUCAACGUCGGCGACAUAGGAAGAGUAGGAAGGAGAAGAGGCGGCGGAGAAGUCAUCGUUACUCAGAUGAUUCUACAUCCGAUUCCUCUGAGGAUGAUAGACACCGGAAGAGGAAGAGCAGGCGAGCACCAUCACCGUCUCGUUCUGAUGCAAGUGACUCUGAUGAUUCACGCCGUGGUCGGAAGCAUGUGAAACGGUCUGAGAAAAAGAGCCGGAAGCACCAUCAUGAUGAUGUGUAGAAUCUUGUGAGAGAGAUUUUAUUAUACUGUUUAACUAUACUAGCUUGCUAUAAUUGUGUUGUGAAGAUUCUAACAGAACUUUGUCGUCGUGUCAUGUGUGCUUCAUUUGCUUGGAGAUAAUUUGUUUGACUUUAUUUAUUUCUGCAAUCGGAGGUGACGAAACUAUUGUUAUGUUGGAUUUUGAAUUUGAUCAUUUGUCUCUGAAUUGUUUUAUUAUAAUCUUAUAUGGUUUUAUUUGUAUUA